AUGGCGUCGACACAGGAGCCCUACAGCUCCAUCGCCGAGACCUCUCGCAUAUUCGACCUCAUCCUGUCGCUCGUCGACCCCGUAUCGCUCCCGCCCGGGACCAAGGUGAAAAGGGCCGACGUCGACUUCACCGGCGCCCGCGACCAGCCCUACUUCUUCAUCCCCUUCAAGGAGACGGAGACUGCCGCCGCGCUCAAGGCCGUCGAGGGCUGCGUCGCGUCGCUGCUGGCCGAUCUCAAGAGUGGCGGCGACGGCAGGCCGCGCAGGAUCACCGUCGACCAGGAGAAGACGACGGCGUUUUUGUUCCAGGCCUACCUCGCCCGCGUCGGCGGCCUCGGCAAGCUGGACAAGGAUGUGCGGUCCCUGCUCAAAGACACGGAUCUGCUGCAGGCGCAGUCGGACCAGUACCGCCGCAUGUCGGCCAACCUGUACGCGACGGCGGAAAAGGGCGAGUACUACCACAUCCACGGAUCUCUCGAGGCGUCUACGACGCUGCGCAUGAUUGGGCUCGAGUCACACCGCCCGGAUCUCAAGACGCACGAGGACAUUGUCGGCGUCAUCGAGCCGGCCGUCCAACAGUUCACCGUUGAUGAGCUCGAGGCUCUCAACGCCAAGAACCGGCAGGCGGGCGUCAAGGCAUACAAGCACGAGGACUUUUUGCGCACCCCUCACGGCAAGGUCAACUGGCAGCUUCCUCCCUGGACCGUGGAGCCGCUCGAGACGACCACGCCGCCGUGCCCGCUGCCCGAUCGGGGCGACCGGCGCGUGCUCUCGGGCGUCAAGGUCCUCGAAAUGUGCCGCAUCAUUGCCGGCCCCGUCGUGGCGCGCAUCCUGGGCGAGUACGGGGCCGACGUGCUCAAGAUCACGAGCCCCCACCUCAGCGACGUGCCCUUCUUCCAGGUCGACGGCAACAUGGGCAAGCGCGCGGCCGACCUCGACCUGAAGACGCCCGAGGGGCGCCAGGUCUUUGAGAAGCUGCUGGACGAGGCGGACGUGGUCGUCGACGGCUACCGGCCGGGGGCGCUCGAGAAGCUCGGCUACGGGCCCAAGGCGCUGUCGGAGCGGGCGGCGCGCAGGGGCAGGGGCAUCGUCUACGUCAACGAGAACUGCUUCGGCUACGAGGGCGAGUGGGCGGGCCGACCGGGGUGGCAGCAGAUUGCAGACUGUGUCAGCGGCAUCGCGUGGGAGCAGGGCCGCUUCAUGGGGCUCGACGAGCCGGUGGUGCCGCCGUUCCCCAUCUCCGACUACGGCACGGGGUGCAUCGGGGCCAUCGCGGCGCUGACGGGGCUCUACCACCGGGCGACGCGGGGCGGCUCGUGGCACGGCAAGGCGUCGCUGCUGCACUACGACCUGCUGCUCUUCAAGGCCGGGCUGCUGCCGGAGGCGGUGCGGGCGCAGCUGCGCGAGCAGGCGGGCGAGGCGUUCCUGGCGCUGCGGCACGCGCACAGCGUGGACCAGAUCUCGGGCACGGCGCUGCGCCAGAUGAGGCUGCUGUACCCAGACCUCGUCGACCAGCCGCGGCAUCUGGACCGGUGGCACGCCGAGGGCUACGGGGCCGAAGUGUCGGCGGUGCUGCCCGUGGUGCAGAUGGAGGGCGUGGACAUCGGUUUCCAGCGGGCGAGCAGGCCCAACGGCACCGACGAGGCGUCGUGGGACUUUGCAGGGGGCAAGGACUGGCGCAAGCAGACGGAAGCCGCCUGA